AUGCGUUCGUUUAUACCCGCUCUCCUUGCUGGGACAGCCUCGGCCGGUCUCCUGCCGCCCUCGAGAGUGAUUCGGCAGGAAGCCACCGCACCCACUGUGACCCUGGACUACUGUACUUUGACUCCUGCUGCCAGCAAUACGACCGCAGGUCUGUACAAGUAUCAGAAUAUCCGUUUCGCUGCGGUCCCCACCGGUGACCUGCGCUUCGCGGCCCCAGAGUGGCCUCCCGUCGAGACCGAAGUAAACGAUGGAUCACUCGCCGAGUCCGAUGUCGAUUGUGCCAGUACCGAAGAUUGCUUGUACAUGGAUAUAUACGUGCCGGCCAGCGCUGCGAACAAGUCACUUCCUGUACUUGUAUGGACAUAUGGCGGCGGUUUCACAGGCGGCAGCAAGUCAGAGAACACGCCCGAAGGCCUGUUCGAUUUGAGCAGCGAUUUCAUUUUCGUCUCCUACAACUACAGGCUGGGAAUAACCGGUCUUGCGAACGGCCCAACAUUGCUGCACCAGGGUGGUACGAGCAACACAGGGCUCUGGGAUGUGCAGCACGCCUUUGAAUGGGUCAACAAGUACAUCUCCAACUUUGGUGGAGACCCAGACCAGAUCACAGCCAUGGGCUUCUCAGCUGGAGGCUCUCAAGUCCUCUUCGAGAUGACUCGAUUCGCCGGCCACGCCGAGCAGCUCUUCGAGCAGGCAUACGUUAUGUCCCCUGGAUUCGUCCCAGGAGCCGGCCAUGAGCACGCCGAGGCCUUCUUCCUCAACGUAUCUUCUGCUGUGGGAUGCGAUGGAGGCGACUUGACUUGCUUGCGCUCCGUCAACUUCACAACCCUCCAGGAUGCCGCUGAUACCCUGGUCGACACCUAUACCUUCCAAUUGCAGCCUCGCGUUGACGGUGACUUCGUCGCUGACACUUACGAGGCUCAAUUCUACCAAAACCGCUUCAACUUUACCGGCCCUGCUGUUAUUACCCACGAGCAACAUGAAGCAAACGGCCAAGCUUGGUCCGGCGUCAACACUACCGAGGAUGUGUCAACGUACCUGCGCAUUUUCUUCCCCUCCAUCACCGACGCCGAGGUUGAGGAAGCCCUCACCUUGUACCCUGAGGACGACUAUGAGAGCCCUGGCCUGCGCUUCUCUGACAUGAAGCAGCACUUCGACCUCACUGCCCAUAACAUGGCUUUCACACACGCCAUGUCUAACCAGACAUGGAACGGCAUGGUCCAGAUCGAUCAGUCUACCCAUGGUACCGACCAGAGCUACUACUGGUACAGCACCUGGACUCUGUCAUCGGACUCCACAACUACUUCGAACUCUAGCUCUGCUAGCAGCAGUGGUGGCGGCUUCGGAGGGAGCUCCUCCGUUGACACCGCGACUGCCAUCCAGAUGCAGAAGUAUCUGCUAUCUUUUGUUCUCACUGGCAACCCCAACACUCAGUGGCCCGAGGACAAGCUGGAGUGGCCUCUCUACAGCGAAGGCGGAAACGACCUCGUCUUCAACACAUCUGGAUUGUACACCCAGACUUCUGACUUGGAGAAUGCGAAGGUUGCAUUCUGGAACAAGGCUCUCUGGUACUGA